AUGGCGUGUGGCGCACAGCAGCAAACUGUCGAGAAAUACGAUGCUGUAAUCAAGGGGGCGAAGGAAGAGGCGCAAGCGAGGAAUCCGCUCACGUCACUACAGUUUUCCUUGACUUUCUUUGGUGUUUUCGCUACCGUCGCUCUAACCUUCUGGUACGGCACUCUUAUCUUCACGAAGAGUAGACUCGAUGAUCUGGGCGUGAUCAUUGUCGUACUUCUUAAUUUGACAACGAUUUUCUUCUCUCUCGAUCGCGUCUCAACUCCCAUGCAGGCAAUAAGCAAAGCGUCGCUCGCCGCCUGCGAGUUCUUCUCGGUCAUCGACGCACCCGUUCCUGAGAAGGGGGCCCUUAAAGCACCCGAUGUUUCGGCUACGGAUGAUAUAUUAUUCGAUAACGUUACUUUUGCUUACCCAAGCAGGCCUGACGUUAGGACUCUUGACCAGCUCAACUUGGGUAUCGAGGCGGGCAAGAUAACUGCGAUUGUGGGCCCGUCAGGCUCUGGUAAAAGCACUAUUGUCGGCCUGCUUGAACGGUGGUAUACAUUGACGCAACAACACCUCCGAGGCACCAUUACAACCUGCGGCCAUUCGCUAAACGAUAUUGACAUGAAAUGGUGGCGCUCGAGAAUUGGGCUUGUCCAACAGGAACCUUUCCUGUUUCACGAUACGAUCUUCGAGAAUGUCGCCCGGGGAUUGGUUGGCUCUCCCUGGGAAGGGGAGUCCGAGGAGCGAAAGAGAGAACUUGUCAAAGAUGCCUGUAAAGAGGCAUUUGCGGAUGAAUUUAUAGACCGACUUCCCUUGGGCUAUGAUACGAACGUUGGUGAGAGCGGCGCUAGGCUCUCCGGGGGUCAACGCCAACGUCUAGCCAUCGCUCGAUCUAUCGUCAAGAAACCAGAUAUUCUCAUCCUGGACGAAGCAACUAGUGCGAUUGACGUCCGUGGGGAACGAAUUGUACAGAAGGCUUUGGACAAGGCAGCCAAAAAUCGAACAACUAUUGUCAUUGCACAUCGACUCUCCACAAUCAGGAGUGCAGAUCGCAUCGUGGUUCUCAAGAAAGGCAAGGUCAUCGAAUCGGGUACACAUGGGAGUUUAAUUUCCAUGCAUGGGGGCGUGUAUUCUGGUCUAGUCAGCGCACAAGCCCUCUCCCUCGGUGACUCGAGACGCGAUGUCGAGAAUGGCUUCAAUGCCGACGAUGUUGCCACAUUGAGUCGCGAGGAGACCAAGGCAAGAACCGAGUAUUCUGCCAAUGGCCCUGUGAAAGAGGAGAGACAAACCGAGCCUAGUCGCGGGUUGUCUGGACACUUCUUCCAGCUUUUCCUUCAGUCGAAGAAUUACUGGAGCCUCAUGAUUCUGGGCAUUUUCGUCUCGGCAGCAGCUGGAACAGCACAGCCUCUUUAUGCUUGGAUGUUCUCCAGAUCCAUUGAUCUCUUCAAAUGGCAGGAUGACCACUCCAAGCUCAUGGAUGAGGUGGACUUUAUGGGUAUCAUGUGGACUGUCUUUGCUGUGUCUGCUGGUAUCGCCUACUUUAUAACCUUCAUUUGCUCAGGCCACAUUGCGUCAUUCAUUCGAGCAAAGUAUCAAACGCAGUACUUCGAGUCACUUGUCUUUCAACGCGCGGCGUACUUUGACGAGGAUGGUCAUUCUCACGGUACUCUGAUCGCGCGCGUCAGAGACGACCCGCUCAAGCUCGAGGAGAUGAUGGGCGUUAAUAUCGCUCAAGUCGGCAUCUCUGUUUUCAAUAUUAUCGGCGGCCUCAUAAUGGCCCUCGUAUAUAGUUGGAAACUUGCAUUGGUCUCGCUGUGCGCAGUAUCACCACUCUGUGUCUUUUCGGGCUACAUUCGAUUUCGAUAUGAGGUACAGUUUGAGAGCAUGAAUGAUGCGGUCUUUGCCGAGAGUUCCCAGUUUGCCUCUGAAGCCAUUGGAGCCUUUCGGACUGUCACAUCUCUGACACUAGAAGAGUCUAUCUUGGAUCGUUUCGAGAAGCUUUGCCACGGGCAUGUGGCAUCUGCAUACAAAAAGGCCCGCUGGGUGAGUAUCGUUCUUGGAUUCUCUGAAAGCACCAACUUGGGCUGCCAAGCACUCAUCUUCUAUUAUGGCGGUCGACUUCUUACCCACGGGGAGAUCGACACAAUGGCAUUUUUCGUCUGUUUAAUGGCCAUUAUGAAUGCUGCGGAGGGAUUUGGAAAGAGCCUCAGUUUUGGUCCCAAUGCUGCGCAGGCGGCAUCCGCGUCCGACCGUAUUCUAGACGCGAAGGAUUCCAGAUUAUCGGAGUCUCCAGAGAAGGGCGAUAUCCCGUUGCAAGAAGGCGGUAUUACCAUCGAGCUUCGUGAUAUUCGCUUGAGAUAUCCCGCUCAAAAAGCCCCUGUCUUCGACGGGCUGAGCAUGACCAUUGAAAAGGGGCAGUUUGCAGCUCUGGUUGGUGCAUCAGGAUGUGGCAAGACAAGUAUCAUAUCCUUGCUUGAGAGAUUCAGCGAGCCCGAGCACGGCCGAAUACUGUUCAAUGGGAAGGAUAUUUCAAAUGUCAACAUUUACACCUACCGCAAGCACCUGUCUCUCGUGGCGCAAGAGCCUACACUUUUCCAAGACAACAUUCUGCUUGGUAUCGACCCCAGCACCGUAACCGACGACCAACUACACGCCGCCUGUCGCGACGCAUCGAUCCAUGACUUCAUCGCAUCUCUUCCCGAGAGCUAUAAUACGAACAUCGGGUCUCGGGGUGUGGCCCUGUCUGGUGGGCAAAAGCAACGUCUCGCUAUCGCUCGAGCUCUGAUUCGCGAUCCUCGUGUCCUUCUUCUCGACGAGGCGACGAGCUCUCUCGACUCAGAGAGCGAGCGGUUAGUCCAAGCGGCCUUUGAGCGCGCACGUAAGGGCAGGACUAUGAUUGCAGUUGCGCAUCGGUUAGCCACUGUUCAGAAUGCAGAUGUAAUCUUUGUUCUGGGUGAAGGUGGCCAAGUGUUAGAGAAGGGGAGCCAUCUUGAGCUUGUUAGGAAAAGAGGCGUCUACUACCAAAUGUGCCAGAACCAGGCUCUUGAUCAAUAA